GGCAGACAUCCAGCACUGCUCCACUUAGAAACUUACUUUAACCAGUUCCCUUGUCUUCUCUGUUAUUCUGUAAAUACUACAUUUUCUCAGCAUUCAGUGAGAGUGCAAUACCCACAUUUUGAGAGAUUUAUCUUCCUACUCAAAAUAGACAAGCCCCAUUUCCUGCCUUGCUGAAGAUCUAUACUCUGGACAUCACUGAGACAAUUCCAGGGAGACUCAUCCAUAAUUUUAGAGAUGGCAAGCAAAUUCAAGAAAAUUGUUCUUCUGAAAGGAUUACAGGGCAUGGAGGACUAUGAGUUUAGGACAAUCAAGUCCUUACUAAGAAAAGAACUAAAACUAACUAAAAAGCAAGAGGAGUAUGACAGAAUUCAGCUGGCUGACCUGAUGGAGGACAAGUACCCAAAAGAUGCUGGACUAGCCAAGCUGAUAGAACUGUGCAAAGACGUGGAAGAACUUAAAGAAAUUGCUGAAAAGCUUAAAACAGAGAAGGCUAAAGUUACAAAACAAAGGAAAGGAGAACGGAAAACUGCGGUGAAAAAAAGAAAGCAAGAUGAACCCAGUAGUUUCCCAACUCCUGCCACCAAUAAUGAAUCAAACAAGAAUAAACCUUCUUCAAAGAACAAGAUAAAACAAACCAGAAAAACUGAAGUUGGAAAGAAAAGGAAGCUUACUGAGGACCAGACUCGGCUUUCAGAACCUUCAGAAACCAACACACAAAAAAAUGAAGGUUGUAUCCAGACUCCCCAUAAGCCUCUACCAACAACAUCCACUUGUUCCUCAAAGAAGAAACAAAAAAACACAAUCAUCCAAAAACAUGGUAUCAUAAAGACAGAAGUUCCACAGGAAAAGCAGCAGCAUCCCCAGUUUUCAGCAACCAGCAACUCCUCAGCUGUGAGUGAACUCCAGACUCUCCAGGGACAUUCAGCAAUUGCUUCCAGCAGCCUUCAGAUUCCUCUGAUGCCUCUAGAAUCACUCUUGGCUUUAAAGAUGUUGCAGGCCUCUACAGUACCAACUUGCCAGAAUUUUCCAGUGUCAGCAUCACACUCCUGUAUCCCUCUGACCUGUCAUGUGUCUCCUGCACCGUUCAGUGCAGUCCAGGCUCCUCAUGAACCUUCAGCAACAGCAUCUAGCAAUGACUGUGUCCCUGUCAUGCGUCCAGAAACAGUAUCCAAAUCUCUCAGUGCUCCUCAGAUGUCUCCAACCAUAGUGCCCAGCAGUGUCCAGGACCAUCUCCUACCUACAGCAGCAGCAUCCAGUAGCACACAGGCUUCUCACAGUCAACUAAUAGCAUCCAAAAGUGUAAAAAGUACUAGAAGGCCUUCAGCAACGCUGACAAGCAAAUCCAAGCUGGGAAAGAUGUCUCCUCCCACAACAGCAUCGAGCAAUGCUCAGGUUUCCCAUGCUCCUCUUGCAGCAACAGCAUCCCAAAGAAACUCUGCCACUCAGGUGCCUCAAAGACCAAAACCCUGUAGCAUUCAGGCUCUUAACUCUACAGCAAAGGCUACAGUAAAGGCAUCCAAGAAUGUCCAGACCCAUCAAGUGUUUUUACCAGCAGAGGCCAAUUAUUUCCAGGCUUCGGAGGCACCUCCUCUACCAACAUCCAGCAGUCUUUUCACCCCUCAGGUGCCUAUGUCAACAGCGACAAGCAGAGUCCAGACCACUCAAAGGCAUCCAGGAACAGCAUCCAACUGCAUUCAGGCUUCUCACUUUCCUCUGCCAACAGUGUCCAGAAACGUGUGCACCUCUCGAGUGCCUCAGCUAGCAGCAUCCAGUACUGGGCCGGCCAUUCUCCAUCCUAAAGUAAAAGCAUUCAAGAGCACCCAGGCACCUCAGGCACCCUCAGCAACGACAUCCAGCACUCUCAGGCCUCCGUGUGCAUCUCUACCACCAGCAGCCAGCACUCUCCUGGAACCACGUUCAUGUCUACCAAAAGCAUCCAGAAGUUUCCUGGCUCCACCCAUGUCCACAGUAACAGCAUUAGGGGCUUUCCAGGCUACUCCAGUGCCUCCAGCAACAACAAACAACAGUCUAUCCAGGGUAAUGGCCAAGAGGACAAUGUAAUUGUACAAACAAUAUAAUGACAGAGAUUAGCACAAACUUGGAAGGCGUCUUCAUUUUUUUUUUAAUUUUUG